CGCUGCGCGUACACAAUUUUUAGAGCUCGGUCUGACACUCGUAGUUGCGAGUCAAGCUGCAGUUUAGAGGACUGUAAUCAAAUUAUAGAAAUAGCGGUUUUCCCGGUUUAAAAAAAGAAAAAAGCUUUUGAAGACUACAUAGCUAACUGUUUUCUCCUUCACCAGCACCACCAUAUAGUCUUGAGAAUGGCAGAUUCGACACAGUCUUCUCAGAUCUCUUCUUCACAGGGUUUUGGCGAUUCCGCCGCCGGACAGAACUCUGCAGCUUCAGGCAAAGCAUCCAAAAUUUCCGAGUCCUUUCUUUCCUCUUCACCUGUAACUCUCAUUCCGUCUCCUCAAGAUGAGGAAUCAGAGAGGAAGGCAGGGCAGGGUCCCAACAUGCCUUCUGAAGGUGCAGCCACCUCCCUUCCCUCUUGUGCUCAGCCUGGCUCCUCUCCAGUAGAUCAGGGGAGCCUUGUUCCUUUAAAAGGCGGACGAAUCAAAGGUGGGGACUUUAAACUCAAAGAUGAAAGGGACGGCAAAGCAGAAGUCCAAAGGGUAAAUUGGGACUCCUCUGCUACAUUGCUGGAUUUCUCCAUUGGCACCCUGCCCUCCAAUCCCUUUGGCCUUGACUCUGCUCAGGACAACACCUCCCCAGGGACAGGAAACGUCAGAGUAUUUGAGGGAAUUUCAGAGAACCAGGGAUCCAUUGACACCCAAAGUGGAGACGGGUUCCUUGUCUUUAAGGAGUGCCACUAUGGAAGCCCUCGCCCGGAUGCACACAACUCCUUCAGGACCUUUCACGAGUUUGGAGCCCCGGACCAGGACUCCCCCGAGUCUCCGUUUGAAGUCUUGGGAGAUUCUGCACGAGCAAAAAGCCUUGGAAGUGAAGUUUCUGACAUCACUGACCAUUCACAGACUCAAACACUGUGUCCAGCACCAGACUUCGAAAGUGAUGUCCCAGGUGAUGUAGUCAAGGAAGGAACAAGACCAAGCAUACCAGGUGCUCUUCUGGACCGUCCAGACAGGUCAUCUGAAGUGGUUGAGUGGAACAAUGGACAAGCUUCCACCUGGAAUAAGUUAGAUCCUCUAGGCUGUGGGGUACAGAAGGGUGCAUCUGAAAUACAGCCUUGGACAUCUCCUGUGCCACCUCCUCAUUUAGAACCCUCGCCAAUCUGUCCAUCUCUGUCCUCUCAGGUUGAAGAUGAUCCCUGGAAAAGUGACCGGGAUGAAGCGGAGAUCUUGGACGCGGACAGUUCGGAUGAGUCGGAUGACACCGUGAUCGAGGACACAACUGACCGCUUCAACUUGUCAAAAAAUGUCUCCUCUCCGCAGCGUAGAUUAGAAGGUCCAAUUGAGUCAGAGAUGCGCCCAGUUUCGAUGGCUUUAAGUUACAUCAAGGAGACGAAUGAGCAUAACCUAACUGAGGAAGAUGAUGAAGAGGAGGGUGUGUACGAGAUUGUGAAAGACCCUGCCUCAGAAAAUACUCUUGAACCCUCUGAACCACUGCAAGCUGCAUCUGUAGCCUCGGAUUGGCACCAACACAGCGAAGGACAGAGUGGUCCAGCAAAUUCAGACUCUUCCAGUUAUAGCUCUGUAGCUGCGUCUUCAAAAGAGAUGAUGCAAGUUGUUCCAUCAAAAGAGCUAGAAUUUGAAAUGUCCCGGGAACCCUAUGCUAACCUUAUUGGUUCUGAUUCAAAGAAUGAGCAUAGCAGCCACAACCCGCCAAGCUACUGCUCACUGACCGAAGAAUGGAAACCCAAUGAGCUACAUGAUCUUCCUGAGCCAAAAGCUGUUGAGCAGGUUUCUGAGGAAUCAAUUCAAUUCGAAAAGCUGUCAAGUGUAACCAAAGCACAGCCAGCCAACAUCGCAGAGAUCCUCACUGACCCUCCUGGUUUGGACUGGUCUGUAAAUCCAGGGGAUGUGUGCAUGCCCGAGGCUUUUCCCAAGGCACCGAAACCUGGUUCUCAAGCGGCAGAGGACUCCCCAGAGACAGCGAGCGACCCAGAGAGCAUCGAGCCGGAGUGCUCCGUCUCGGCCGCCACCGAUAGCCUUGUGGGGUUCAUGAGGGAGUGCCUCAAUUCACGCCAGCCCAAGGAGCCUGUCGAACGCUACGGACGCCACGUGGCGGAGGACAAGUCCCCCCAGUUGGCAGCCCCUUUCUCAGGGUCCCCCCCUGCAGUACUGCUGAAUAUGGAGGAGGAGCGCCUCACCAUCUGUGCGUUAAAGGAGUUGGGCAGCAGCCAAGAAGAAACUGAGGACCUGGUACAGUGGACGGCAGCCCCCCAAACUAACUCCAAGCCCCAAUCUGGUCCCGUCGCUCCCUUUGCUCCUAAACCUCCCUCCCCUUCUCUUAACAAACGGCCAUGGGAGGCACUGCCAGGCGGGGAUGUAGACGGGGCGGAUGCUAACGAACCCGCUCAGCUUGCAGCACAUGCAUUAGCGGCCUUACUAACCAACCUUUCAGUGCGGGAGCUGGUGUACUGGCGGGACCCGCGGAAGUCGGGCCUGGUUCUGGGCUCGUCCCUGCUGGUGCUGCUCUCCCUGGCCUCCUUCAGCGUGAUCAGCGUGGGCUCCUACCUGCUGCUCGCCCUGCUCUGCGUCACCAUCACCUUCCGCAUCUACAAGUCCGUCAUCCAGGCCGUGCAGAAGUCCGAAGAGGGACACCCCUUCAAGGCCCUGAUGGAGAAAGACAUCACCAUCCCGCCUGAGACCUUCCGCAAGUACACCGACCUCAGCCUGGCCCGCCUCAACCACGCCCUGAAGCAGCUGAAGAGGCUGUUCCUGGUGGAGGACCUGGUGGACUCUCUCAAGCUGGCUGUGCUGAUGUGGCUGCUGACGUAUGUGGGAGCCGUCUUCAACGGCAUCACUCUCCUGAUUCUGGCGGACAUCCUGCUCUUCAGCUCUCCCCUGGUGUAUGAGAAGAACAAGACCCAGAUUGAUCACUACGUGGGCAUUGUGCGCACUCAGGUGGACACCACACUCGCAAAACUACAAGAGAAGCUUCCAGGAGCUGUGAAACGCAGCAAAGCUGAAUGAAGGACUCCUCAGUCUCCUGACCCCCCGACUUCCCUCCAAAAAACCCACUGGUGCCCCCUGCCCCCAGGCCUACCGACCGUACCCCCCACACCCCACCACUCCCCUUCUACAUAUAAACAGCUACACCAGACCAGCCGGUGCCCAUUAAACCACAUACCUUACAGACCGCUCGCGUGUGCAAGAGCCACCGAUGAAUGGUAGCUUUGGAGCGGGGAAGACACACACACACACACACACGCACGCAUGUAUACGCGGCGGACCGACUGGGUCUGCAAACGUGUGGACGCACACACACACACACCCAACACACGCGCGCGCACACACACACACACACACACCAACACAAACACGUAUACACGACAAGCCAAGCUUCAUGAACUCGACUGAAUCUAUAACCUCAUUUGGUGUACUGGGUGUGGGCGGCUGCAGAGAAGGCUUCCUCAAAAGCAAACAUCUUUACUCAAUGCUCCUAAAUAUUUGGGGAGGAUUGGGGGGGGGGGGCGCCUUUUCACCCCCCCAAAAAAAGGCUGUUUCCCUUGAUUUCCUUCGGCGUAUGUCGAACGAUUUAAUUUGCAAAUGUUUGUUUUCUGGAACGCGGUACGAAGAGCCAUCGUUCUCUACCCUGAAGCACUUGGAGGCCUCUAUCCCGAAUGACCCCGAGCUUCACCUAACGGCCGACCGGAGCGAUCUUUAGAAAAGCUAAGCUAGCGUAGCGUCUACCUGUGGCUGAACCUGCAGUUAUGCUUUGGCCUAGUUCCCCCGCACUUCGUUGUUUUUGCCCGAUGUGUUCACAUGUAAUGUGUUAAUGUACAUAGGAGUGUGUCACUGCUUCACACUGUAAAAAAACAACACAGUGUUUAUCCUACCCUACAGAGCCCUUUCGUGUCUACCCGCUUGUUUUAAUUGCACGUGAUUCAUUGAAUAUAUUUAUUAUAAUUAUUAUUAUAAUUAUUAUUGAGCUAGCUGCUAUGAUUUCCCUGUUCUCCCCAGCACUAGAAACGUCAAGGACUGCAGGACUGGAUCAUAUGCUCUUAUAACAGGAAACCACAGCUACGAAAACUUUAGGCUAGGUACAGCCACACGCAGUUAAACCACCGACUUGAAUUGACCAAUCCAAGUUUUCUUUCUCUUAAUAUGAGAAUGUGAUGAUUGGUCCAAAUCGGUGCUUUAGUGACCAUAUAUGGCAGCUCCAGGGUUAGUAAGAGUGUGAUGUGUGGAAUGAAAUAAGCAGCUUGAAUGAAGCGAUUUCAUUCCUGUUUGCCACCAAGGCAAGAAAAUGUCCGUCUGUCCUACAUGUUUCAUAUUGACCCUCUGCAGUGUCUCAGCACUGUUCUGCUAUCUCCCUGCACGAUGUGAACCCCAAAUAGGUUUUUGACAGGGCGGGGAAACGCUCCCUCUCCUGACCCACCGUAUCCAUUGCAACGGGCCCUUCUCCUGCGCCCAGACCUUGCUCUCCACUCCGGAGAUGCAGUACCACACAGGGGCUGUGUUGUGAGCCUACAGGAGAGGAACCAAAGGGCAAUUCCUUGGUACCAGAUGCCAGAUAUGUGUGUGAUAAAGCUCUGUACAGCUACAUAAUACUGAUAGAAGCCUCUAUAGACAUCAGGAGUAAAUAAACCUGUUGGUCUCUUAUGUAGCUCUAUUAGGCGUUACCAUGCAGAUAUACUGCAGAUAGCAUUCCGCAUUUGUAAUGUUGGUUACCACAGAAUUGCCCAGAAGGUUCCGUGCCCGUGGGGGUGGGGGGUAUUGCCAUGACUACAGACACUCCUAUCCCGCGGGUAGGAUAGGCCCUGAUCCAAAUCAUUUAUUAAAUAUCCGAUGCAAAAUUGGAUAGUGUGUGAAAUAUGAAAUAUAAUCUGUGUAAACUGCCCUUGAUUAAAGGCAUCUUUAAUUGUUAAACAUUAGAAGAAUAGGUUUUUUUUAUUUUAUUGUUUUUUUAUGGCUAUCACCAGUUGGCUGAUGGCCUUGUAGAAUCAUCUCGGUACACAAGUCUGUAACUGCUGUAUUGGUCAUUUGUCUGUAAUUGCUGAUUUGUCAGCAGUCGAAGCGCUUUGCAAAGAACACUAAAACCGCCAAGGAGCAUGUUGUCCUUACUGAGCAGGUUUGUCGGUCUUCCACCCUCCUUGUAUGAACGAACAUACACACACAUGCACACACACACACACACACACACACACACACACACACACACACACGUACAUUGGUGUCUGUGUAUUCAAGCAGACCUCAACAGAAGUUAAAAAGUCUUACUGUCUUUGAACUUUAGAUUCUGCUCCAGUCGCCAGAAUAUCGAGAUGUUUCUUAGACGUCUUUGCAUUUGUGUUACAAAGGCUGAAAUGUCACCCUUUUUUUUAAAAAAAUGUAAAAACUAAUUUGUGCUCUACCCCAUCGUGAGGUUCAAUAAUUUGUUCAUCGUUUUUCUAACGGGGUGGGGCUCCUUGUUGAUUGAAAACGUUUGUCUAGCUGUUUUUCUUUUCUUUCAGGGCAACUAGGUGUACUAAAAUAUGUGCUGUUUGUGUGGCGUCUUCAGUACACGUCGGACAGAUUCAGAAUAAAAGUUUUAGGAAGACAAAAUGUGAUUCCUGUGCUGAUGUGGAAGUGAUAUUAAUAAAAAACAAAUUCAAACAA